UGUUUUGUUUUCUAUUUUUUUUUUACUGUCAACUAUAUUUUGGUAAAUGCUAAGAAUUCGAUUUUAAUAAAACCAAACUACCAAAAUGAGCCAAAUAAAAGGCGACGAUAAUCUGGAGAAGCUCCGCAAUUAUAUUUUGCGGCCGGACCUCUCCCUCCACAAUCCACUGCCAGACAUUGUGCCACGCAAGUCUGAUGCGAUGCGCCUGUUGAAUGUUCCCCGGUGUCCCGGCAGCACUAAGCUGGUGCCUCGAAGAGAUCAGAAUGGGCAGAUCAUAGAGUUUUUGGAAAUCGAAGUGGAGGACGUGGGAGCCAAUGCCAACAAUUCAAUGUCCAUGCAGCGGGAGGAUGCCACCCGUGGAUCCCACUCCAAUUUUCCCUUCUGGCCCGGCGGGUUCGAUGAACAACGACAGCAAAUUGCUGCUCUCGAGGUGGAGAACUUCCACUUCGGCGAUAAACUACUAACACUGCCGCCAGGGUUUUCGGAGGGCUACGAUUUCUCCAAAUCGCACCCACUUCCUGCAGCCCCCAAGGUUCUUGACGAACCCAGUCCCAGCAAUGUGGACCUGUUGAAGAACCUGGAGAAGGACCUGGACGUGCAGGAGUGGAUGCAACUGACAAAAGAAGGUGGUGCAUCUGCCACACCACACUACCCAAGCGACGGAAACCUACCAUUUCCCACCGAAGAGUUCAAAGACGUGGAUGACCAAAUUAUGAAAACGGACUUGAAGCCGGUUCUCAACAUCUCCACCACCACAAAGACCUUCAAGAGUGAUUGGGCCGAGAUGGUGGACAUUAGCCAGCCGAUUAAUAACUUCAAGGAACAGAUACCUUGCCCAGCCAUGGACUUUCCCUUCGAGCUGGACGUCUUUCAGAAGCAGGCUAUUCUGAAGCUGGAGCAGCGCCAGUAUGUGUUCGUGGCCGCUCAUACAUCGGCCGGAAAAACUGUGGUGGCAGAGUAUGCUAUCGCCCUGUCAAAACGGGAUCUCACCCGGACUAUUUACACGUCCCCCAUUAAGGCGCUGUCAAACCAGAAGUACCGGGACUUCAGGAAGACCUUUAAGGAUGUGGGAUUGAUAACUGGUGACCUACAAAUCGAACCCACAGCCUCAUGUCUGAUUAUGACCACGGAGAUAUUGCGUUCCAUGCUCUAUUGUGGAAGUGACAUCACCAGGGACUUGGAGUACGUUAUUUUCGAUGAAGUGCACUACAUCAACAAUCCUGAACGAGGUCAUGUGUGGGAGGAGGUGAUUAUACUUCUGCCGGACCACGUCAACAUUAUAAUGUUAAGCGCCACAGUGCCGAACACCAUGGAGUUGGCUGACUGGGUGGGCAGCACAAAAAAAAGGAAGGUGUAUGUGAUAAGUACCCUGAAAAGACCCGUGCCGCUUACCCACUUUCUCUAUACUGGAGCCGGAGGGAAGAGCAGAGAUGAUAUAUUUCUUUUGGUUGAUGCCCAAGGUAGAUAUCUGCAGGGCAAUUACGAGAAGGCAGUGGAACGGAAAAAAGAGAUGCAGGGAAAAGCAAAGGGAGGAUCAGGAGGAGGCGGUUUCAAUGGACCUAAAAAUGCCAAACUUGACCAAUACACGUGGAUCGGGCUGAUCGAUUUCCUCCGGCGCAACAACAAAAUGCCUGUGGUGGCGUUUACGCUAUCACGGAAUCGAUGUGAUACAAAUGUGGCUGCCUUGCAGUCGGUGGAUCUCAAUACAGAGAAGGAGAAGGGCGCGGUGCAAAAGUUUUUCCUGCAGUGCUUGGCCAAGCUGAAGCCGCCGGAUCGCACCAUUCCUCAGGUUCUUGUUCUUAAGGAUGCAUUAGAAAGGGGCAUUGGCGUUCACCACAGUGGCAUCCUGCCAAUUUUGAAGGAGAUUGUCGAAAUGCUCUUCCAGAACGGUCUGGUUAAGCUUCUGUUUGCCACCGAAACCUUUGCCAUGGGUGUCAACAUGCCGGCCCGGACCGUGGUCUUUGAUUCGCACAGAAAAUUUGAUGGUCUGGAAGUGAGGAACCUUAAGCCCGGAGAGUAUAUUCAAAUGGCGGGAAGAGCGGGGCGACGUGGCCACGAUGAGACCGGAACCGUGAUCCUGCUAUGCAAAACAAAUGUGCCGCCGUCCAUGGAGCUUAGGCCGAUGAUCCUCGGCCUGCCGGAGAAGCUACAGUCCCAGUUCAUUCUGCGGUAUGCGGUCAUCCUCACCUGCCUGCGCAUCGAAAGCAUCAAGGUGGAGGAGAUUAUGCAGUUCAGCUUUAAGGAAUUCAGCCAGAAGCUGCAGCUCCCGACGCAGCAGAAGCAACUUCGCGUCGCCGAGGCCAAGUUCGCAAUGCUGCCCACUCUCGGCGAGCAUCUGCAGCCACUCAUUCUUUUCUAUGACAAGGCCGUGGAGUACUGGAAGGAGAAGCACCGCAGCAUGAAAUUUAUAGUCACCCAAGCUAAGAUUCAAAAGGAGCUAAAGGUCGGUCGGGUGAUAGUCAUUACCCAGGGCAAGCACUACAACAAACUGGCUGUUCUUCUGCUUAUCAAAUCCGUACCCGGCAAGGACACCGUUUACAAAGUUCUGGUUCUUGACCAUCAAUUCAAAACUCUCGAGAGUGAAGGCUUGCAGCGGGGCGAGCUCUACUACAAAAUACUCUCCCUGACGCCCAAGUAUAAGUACUUCCAACCAGAGGGGAUUGGUGGCCAUGCUGUCAUAGACGUUAAGGCUUUAGACAUUGUGAGCAUUACGAAGAAUACGUUUAAGGUGGACGCGGAUGUGAUCAUCCGUAACUGGGAGCAAAGACAACUGGAACGAUUUAAGGAUACUCCGCCAGGUGGAACUGUGGUUAAAGCUGUCACCGAUUUGUAUCAGCUGAAUGAAAGCUAUAUGGCGAAUCCGGCGAGCGUCAAGUUCGUCAAUUUGGGCAAAGAAAUCAAUGUGAACGCGGACACCGAGUUGGCGAUGCUCCACUAUGUGGAUCAUCUAUACAAGCAGGUGGAGGAUCUGCUGCCGCACACCAAUAUUGCCGGCUUCGAACAGGAGUUCGCCAAGGUCUAUGAGCGUCGAAUGCUAGAGAUCCACAUUGAAGAGCUGCGCUUUAAGAAUUCGGCCAAAAACCUAACACUCUACCCGGACUACUGCAACAAGUUGCAAGUGCUGCGGGCUCUCAAAUAUAUCGACGAAUCGGACGAGGUUACCUUGAAGGGCAAGGUGGCCUGCGAAAUGGGUCAGAAUGAGCUGUUGAUUACGGAGCUGAUCUUGUGUAAUAUGUUCAACGAUCUCGAACCCGCAGAGAUAGCCGCACUUCUGUCUGGCUUGGUCUUUCAGGCCAAGACUCAGGGAGAACCAACAAUUCCGGAGCCGUUAAAAAAAUACGUCGAGUCCUUUGAGCAGAUUAAUGAGACUAUCCUGAAAGAGGAACAGCGUUUCCAAGCUGCUACCGAAACCGAGAGUCGCCUGAACUUUGGCCUGCUGGAGGUAGUUUACGAGUGGGCCAGAAAUAAGCCAUUCGCAGAGAUUAUGAAGCUAACUGAGGUGCAGGAAGGUAUUAUUGUGCGCUGCAUCCAGCAGUUGGAUGAAACUCUGCGAGACGUUAAGACUGCAGCCAUUCGUAUCGGCAAUCCUGGACUGCAGUCAAAGAUGGAGGAGGCUUCGGCAGCCAUUAAGCGCGAUAUUGUGUUUACUGCGUCCCUGUACACGGAGCUUUAGUCGAAGCGACAAGCAAGAUAAAAAAGAAAUAUAAUUUCUUACAAUUAAACUUUAUGCUUUUGUCAAUUUAAA